UGCUCCAGGGCUGUGCAUGAGCAAACUGAUUCUAUGUUGAUUAGUCAGAUGAGCCCAAACCCUGUGGUUUCCUAGGUGCUGAAGCUCAUGGGUCUCAGGCUAUAAAACCAGGCAGGGAGCUGCUGGAGACCCAAAUUGCAACCCAGGCUGGAAGGGGAUUGGCGAAGCUGAGAACUCCAACAUGAGACAGCCCUGCAACCUCUUAAUCCUGCUCACUCUGCUGUCCCCCACUUCCACUCAUGCUGGAGCUUCAUGGUGUGAGAUUGUAGGGGGGCAUGAAGCCAAGCCCCACUCCAGACCCUACAUGGCCUAUCUGAAGACGACCAAUUUGGAUUUCUGUGGGGGAUUUCUGGUACACCCAGGCUGGGUGAUGACGGCUGCUCACUGCAAGGGGAACCUGACAGUCAUCUUAGGAGCUCACAAUAUCCACAAGCAAGAGAACUCCCAGCAAACGUUCGCGGUUCAGAGCUACCACCCGCACCCCGCCUACCAAGAACAUCCUAAAGACUAUGACAUCCUUUUGCUGAAGCUGAAGGGGAAAGCCACAGAAAACAAAUACGUCAGUGCCAUUGGCCUGCCCAAGGCCAAAAGAAAUGUCGCCCCGAGGAGCCAGUGCAGCACAGCUGGAUGGGGCCAUAUCAACAAGGGAAAAGCAACCGACAAGCUAUUUGAGACCAACGUCUUCAUCUGGUCACCAAAGGAAUGCCGCGCUGUUAACCCCGGGAUAAUUAAUGGCAUCAUCUGUGCAUCCAGCAAACAGCGGGUGAAGAACUGCAGCCAGGGGGAUGGUGGUAGCCCUCUAGUCUGCAAUGGGACAGCAGAAGGAAUCUUCUCCUAUGACUUCAACAACCCUCCUGGUUUUUACACUAGCAUUGCCUCCCACCUUCACUGGAUUAAGACAACCAUGAAAAAACAAACAGGAGAGGAAGAGGCUGAACCUUCUCCUGCAUCAUCGGCUGCCUUUGAAAGUUAGGCAUUUCCUUGUGCUGCAUUCGGUGGCUUUUUCCCUGCCCUUUUCUGGGGCGCUGAGUGGCAAGUUAGGGCUAAGACAAGAAGUGGUGCUGAUGGGGAGCCUCCCCUUGUCCUUGUCACAAAAAAAAAAA